AUGUCUUCUUCAGAACAACUCGUGCAUUGGGCGACUUCGAACGGGGCCACAAUCAACCCCUCAGUCCAAGUUUCCCACCUACCAGAAACAGGCCUUUCUUUCUGCGCAACAGCCUCUACAUCGCUUUUUGACACAAUCGUCAGCAUUCCUCCUUCUCUCACGCUGUCAUAUCUCAACACUCUUCCUGGCCGUGACGACCCAAAGCCAUUUACUUCGAAGUUUCUGGCUCAGACUCCUCCGCAUGUCAUUGGACGGUUUGUUUUGAUCAAGCACUUCCUUCUCAAGGGAGAGUCUUUCUGGGCGCCGUAUAUACAGGCAUUGCCACAGCCAAACGAUGUUGAUUCAUGGUCUCUUCCGCCAUUUUGGCCGGAUGAGGAUGCUGAGUUAUUUGAGGGGACGAAUAUUGAGGUGGGAGUUACCAGCAUUAAGGCCAAUGUGAAGCGCGAGUUCAGAGCGGCGUUUGAUCUCCUAUCGAGAGAUGACUGGGAGCCUGAACUGCUUAAACAUUUCACUCUGCCUUUGUAUCAGUGGGCCUACAGCAUCUUCUCCAGCAGAAGUUUCCGCCCAAGUCUCGUUCUUGGACCAGAAGACCAACAGCGACUGCCCGAAGGAGUCAAGCUGGAUGACUUUUCCGUUCUCAUGCCGCUUUUUGAUGUGGGCAACCACGAUAUGAUGACUGAAGUGCGAUGGGAACGCGACGAGAAGGCCAACGAUUGCAGUCUCAAGGUUGGAAAGGCGUAUCAAGCAGGAGAGCAGAUCUUCAACAACUACAGCAUGAAGACAAACGCUGAGUUACUUCUCGGAUAUGGCUUUAUGCUGCCUGAGACGGAAGAGCUACACAACGACUAUGUCCACGUGCGGAAGCGCCAACCUGCUCAGGGUGAAGCUACAGAAGAGUACUACAUCUCCCUCCGUCCCAUCCGCCACAGCAGCUCCCUCCUCGCACGAUCUAAGCAAACCGUGCAACUGGGUGACUCUGUUGAUGUACUCGGAGCUUUCCAGCAUGUUCAGCAUGAUAUGGUAUGGGACAUCUUCUGCACUCUCGCACCACCCGAACAACGCCACCAAUUUAUAUGCGAGGGCACAGAGCAGGAGCAGCAAGAAAAGUUCUUCAGUGGACAGGUCACUGAGGAUGGACGGAUGUUUAUGCAGCAGACGGCUGCUAUUAUCCAGCACAAGGUUAUGCAGGAGCUUGAGAGGUUGCUUGAGACGGACGUUGAGGUUGUGAGUGGAGGAGAUUUGACGAGGAAUCAGCAGUUGGUGCUGGAUUAUAGAGCGAGAUGUAGGAAGGUUCUUGAGAAUACGCUUGAGGCUAUGAAUAUGGAGGAGCUGUUUGGAGAAGAUGAGGAUGAGGAAUAA